CUUUUUUUGAGAAAUUAGAAUUUUGAGAGAGACGAGAGAAAAAAAUGUAUUCAUCUAGGGUUUUUGGAGGAUGCAGAGCUCUAAUGGCGGCUGCAAAAUCGACAGCUACAAAACCUUCUUUCACCACCGCCGCUACUGGUGGUACUACUCCUGCUGCUCCGAAAGGUAUUCUUAAGGUAGUUCCUGUUUCUCCAGCUCUUGGUGAGUUUCUCGGUGGUGUUCCUGAAGCUUCCCGUACUGAUGCUGUUAAGAAGAUUUGGGUUUACAUCAAGGCCAACAAUCUUCAGAAUCCUGCUGACAAGAGGCAGAUAAUAUGUGAUGAGAAGCUGAAGAGUAUUUUCGAUGGGAAGGACAAAGUUGGGAUGCUGGAGAUUGCAAAAUUGUUGACACCACAUUUUGUCAUGGCUGCGUAACAACAAACUGAUGGUUUGGCUGCUGGGAUAAUAACACUCUCUUUUUUUAGUCUGUUGCGUAGUUAUGGUUGUCAGCUGGAAUAGUAAUACUCUCUUUUUUUUUGUCUGUUGCAUAGUUAUGGUUGUCAGCUUGAUUGUUUUAGUGCUCUUACGUAGUGGUUGAUAGUCAUCACACUAUCUAGCUGUUUUAUUGGAUGCAGUUUGUUUUGUAAGUACGUGUUCUGCUUCCAGUUCCAUCUAGCCAUCUACUUUUGUACACUUUUACGUAAGAACAUUAGAAUUCACUAUAUUAAGCAAUCCUCUUCAAACUA